AUGGAGCAAUUAGUGAAUCACCCUGAAACGGUGUUAACGGGAAAUUUGGCACCAGAGAAGAUACUAGAAGAUGUUAAGGAGAUCAUUGAUCCUAUUACGAAGGAUAACUCUGUGCUAGAUGAAAUACAUAUAGAUGGAUUGAUGCCAUCGCAAGUCUGGGGAGAGGUUAAGUUAGUGGUUGAUGGUGUGAACGAGAAUAUAUUGAGUGGAAAGUUAAGUGAGUUGAAAGAAAAGUAUGGUUUGGAAGAAGAUGAGGAUGAGGAUGAGGAUGAGGACAAAGAAAAGGAGGACGUGGAAGAAGUGGAAGAAGAAGAAGAAGAAGGUAUCUCCGAACUCGGUUCUGAUGCCGAAUUUUAUAAUGCAUUAGAGGAUUCCGAAGGUGAAGAAGAAACGAAGGAAGACAAAGAGGAUGAAGAGAGCGGACACAACGAUAACAAUGAUGGGGAUGUUGACUACAAGCCCGAGAAAGAUGCGUUUGGACUUAACGAUGAUGUAUUUUCGAUUGAUGCCUAUAACGCUCAAGUGAAAACGUUGGGUGAAAGUGGAGAUUUGAAUAAGGAAGGAGAUGAUGAAGAGGUCGAUCUUUUUGGUGAUAUCAGUGACGGAAGUGACGAUGAGAUGCUUUACUACAAGGAUUUCUUCAAGCCUAUAGUGGAUAGAGAGGAGACACCAAAAAGAGAAAGCCAUAAGAAAGAAAAAAAGGUGAGGUUUGACGGUAAGUUGGACGAAGACGAUUACGAUGAGGCAUUCAAAGAAGCUAACGCCGAUUUUGGUAAUGAGCAACUUGUUGAUGACAAGAAAAGUGCUGACAAUCUGUCGUCGUUCGAAAAACAGCAAGUGAAGAUACAGGAAGAGAUUGUGUCGUUAGAAGAGGAGGCUGUUGCUGAAAAGAAAUGGACUAUGAAGGGAGAAGUAAAUGCAAGGCAAAGAGAUAAAGACACAUUGUUAGAUGAAGACCUUGAAUUCGAAAGAACUGCGAAACCUGUGCCGGUGAUCACUCAGGAGACUACAGACACGUUAGAUGAGAUAAUCAGACGCAGAAUUAAAGAUGAACGUUUUGAUGAGGUGCCGAAACGUGUAAUCUCGGAAAUGCAUGACUUCAAAUCUUCUAAAAGAGUUGAUGUAUCGCAGGAGAAGUCAAUCAAGUCUUUGGCUGAGAUUUAUGAGGACGAAUAUAUGGAUAAUCAAUCAGAGGCAGCCAAUGAGGAGUUAAAGAAAACUCAUGACGAGAUAUCGCAGCUGUUCACAAAAGUCAACUACAAAUUGGACGCUCUCUGCUCUGCACACUUUGUGCCUAAACCUGCAGAGAAGCUUCUUGACGUUAAGGUUCAAACGUCCACGAUUAGUAUGGAGGAUGCACAGCCAUUGACUCUGUCUACAGCAGAUACGUUGGCGCCUCAGGAAAUAUAUAAGCUUAGAAAUAAGGCUGGAAAGGACGAAGUCCAGCUUCGUUCCGGUGUGAUUAUGGCCAAAGAUGAACUUGACAGAGCAGAGAAGCAGAGGCUCAGACGUGCCAAGAAGAGAAAGAUCCAUAACCAUAUGAAGGAGGCAGCGCAGAAGAAGAAAAGAGUUGAAGUCAAGCAGCCAUAG